AUUAUGUGUUUUUCUUUGUUCUUUUUCGGUAACUUUUCAAGUCCAAGAUGUCAUUCUUUUGGUCUCUCGCAUUCCUGGCUGUUGUUCCUCUCGUCAUGGCCUAUCCAACGGGCGCCCCACUCGGUACUUGUGUGAACCUAACCCCGAAGCAUUUUAAUAGUACUAACCCAACGGUCCUCAUCCCACCUCAAGCAGGGCCAAGUCCGUACGCCCUCAGCGUCAGCAAGAACAUGUACUCUCCUUCUGAAGAGCUCACAGUGACCGUCACGUCCGACACUGGCGAUUACUUCGAAGGGUUUCUCCUGCAGGCUCGGUUGGCGGACGACACCCUGGUCGGUACGUUCAGCGACCCACCGACAAACAACACCAAACUUCUACAAUGCACCGACCUCGGAGACAGCGUUACCCAUACAAGCUCCGCCCGUAAAGAUGCGGGAACAUCCUUCACCUGGACCGCUCCUAGUAGUGAUGUCGGGAACGUUACUUUUACGGCGACCUUUGUUCUACAGUACGACGAGUUUUGGGUGAAAGUUACUUCUCAAGAGAUAAUGGCCUCUACGGGAGCACCAUGGGUUACCGUCAAUUCAGCAUUGAUCAUCAGUCUACUCGGUGUGGUCUUUGUCGCUACCAAGCAGUAAUUCCGGUCUAAUGUUUCGCCCGUAGAAACUUCAUGUACUUGGCAUCCAGUUGCGUAGCGUGGGUGCUACUAGAUCGUAGCGAUCGAUUAAUAAACUUCGGAUUAUCAAGGUUUUAUUACUGAUCGUAAUGGUAAUGGUAAUGGUAAUGGUAAUGGUAAUGGUAAUUGUAAUGGUAAUGGUAAUGGUAAUAGUCUUAUUGAAAAUUCAUUUGCAGCCAGAUGGCUGAAUUGCAGAAUUGUGUACAUUGCGUAAAAACAUAAAUAAUUAUACAAUCAUAAUUAAGAUGAGGAUGGAGGGGGUCGAUUCAUGUUUUUUUAACGUCCCCCUCUCUUUUUGUAUGUCUGCAUCUCUCCCUUUCCCAUUUAUUUCCUUUUAUUUGUCAUUCGAUUGCUUGUGUUUGUGUGUCGGUGGGAGUGCACGUGAUUUUGUAGUCACGUCAUGUCUGCCUAUAUAUUAUAAAGACGUCGAAUCGCGCUCUAUUCUUAAAAUAGUGAACGGUUAGUUCUACGAAUAAUUAAAUUCACCGUUGCUUCAUUAAUAUAUAUGUUUAAAUAAUCCUUAUACUAUUGGGAUAAAAAUUGAUUUUGUGUGUGUAAUGUUUUGCAUUUCAGGAGAUAAAUCUUAACAAAACAAAUAGUUAAUUACAAUAUGAAAAAUUCGUAAUCGCUACGAAAGAAUUUUGUUCUCUAAGCAGUUCCAUGUACUUGUUUUGCUAAAACAGAAUUACGUUCUUAUAAUUAUGUUGAUGACUCCUAA